AUGAAAUCUCACAAAGCUUUUAGAGGAAGGGGGAGAAUUCCUGACGGAUUUGUCGCACGAACUAGUCAGGCCGCUUACAGCGAGCGAAACUGGAGAGAUUCAACUCGGUUACCCCAAUCAAAACUACCAAUCACGACAUUCGACACUGCGUCCUCAUACUUUGAAGCCCUAGCGGAGCUGCACAUCGCUCACCUCAUGAACCAGCGCAAUGAUGCAAUUGACUCGGCCGAAGACUGUCGCCGCAAGCUUGUUGCUCGAUAUCUUUUCCGCAAACUCGCCCGAGAGCAUCGUCUAACAAAGCAGUGGGCAUCCUUCGAUAAAGGCCGUUCAAACUUUGAGCCCAUCGCUUAUCUCCCUUUGCAGUACCACACCGUUCCCUGGCAAGACCGUACCAGCGUCCAGCUAGACCCAGCUAUAUCUUCUCCCACUCUAAUGCUUCUCUCUCAAAAACUGCUAGAUCCUAAACUCCUACACCUCGCAUACGAACACUACGAGACUGCUGUCAGGAGUACAAACAAAUCCCUCGAAAACCCCGCCCACGCCACCCUCGACAGCUCACUCCUCUCUGUCCGCCUCCUCGACCUCUUCGAGGCCCUAGUCUUCCUAAGUCCAGGGAAUAUCAGAGCCAGGUGUGCGCUUGCGGGUCUGUCUGUUCCAGAUUCUCUGGGACAGGGACAGGCACAAGAGUACUUCAUCUUUAUAAUGGAGGAGACGGAGACGGAUCAUGUUAGAGCAAGACUAGGUCGUAUCUUGAGCGGUCUUGCGAGUCUAAGGGCGGAAAAUGGAGGACUUGUCUCCGACAGAAUGGUUCAAAAUGGCACAGAUCUUGAUGACGAAAUCGGGCCUUUACUAGAAGAUAUGAACCGACAUGCCCCGUAUGAUUCUAUUGAAGUAGAGGUAGCAGGAGAGAUCCGCAGUUACAGAUGCCGUAUCGAUCGGUACUAG